AGGAUAGUCUCGUUGUCGUGGACAGGGCAUGCGUGAGAGUUACUGUCAGUUUGUAAUAAGUUCUUCCUAAUUGAGUAAUCUGGAUUUUCAUGGUUGGAGAAAAGUCUAACCUUUAAAAUAAGGAAGAGUUAAGGAAAUAAGGGAAUAAGGAAAUAAGGAAGGGUCGCGGCAGUCAUGGGGGAUCUCAGUGGCUCAGGUUUUAAUGGGCUGAAAAGGUGACAAUUAAAAGGAAACACCGGCUAUUGUUCAGCACCAACAAUGAAAACUAGGUUACUAGCCACGACAACCGGGGGGAUUCGUUUACAAAGCGAUUCAUGAGAUUCACUUCUACAUCCAACCAGUGACACAGUCAACGGAUCAUCAGGCCUCAUGUUCAGUUAUGUAUCUGGGGAUACGAGGAUAAACAACCUGCUGUGACCUUGAGUAAUCCGAAGAAACCCUGUCUCAAGAUCCUCUUCCUGGUUUGUCUAGCGCUCUCCGCCCUAUGUUAUACUCUGUCCUCCAGCUCUCUGUCAUGGCUGGAGAGCCUUCAACUCCACGAGCACUACAACACACUUUUCAGACUGAACAAUAUGGUUAACGUACAACCUUCUUAUUACGUCCAUCCGAAACACAGAGUUAAACUACGAGGAAUCAGUGAAACCACACAACCCCCUGCCACAUUAUCUACUGUAGCACCUACAGGCACUCAGUACCACCAGGCCUACCCACGCAACUACCACUUCAUUAUGGAUAACACAGAGGUGUGCAAAACCAACACCCCUUUCCUGGUCCUGAUGGUUCCGGUAGCACCGAAGAACGUGGAGGCUCGGGACGCCAUCCGGCAUACGUGGGGCAAUAACAGCGUGGUUCAGGGCGAGGUGGUGCUCACUCUGUUCAUGCUGGGCCUCUCUGGAGGAGGUGAUGAUGGGCAGCAGCAGCAGGCGAAGCUCAAAGAGGAGAAUCUCCAGCACCAUGACCUGAUCCAGAGUGACUUCAUGGACACUUACCUCAAUCUAACCAUCAAAACCAUGGUGAUCAUGGACUGGCUGGCUACGCGCUGCCCGACAGCAGCGUACGCCAUGAAGAUCGACUCGGACAUGUUUUUGAACAUUGACAAUCUGGUGAUCAUGCUGCAGAAGCCAGACAUCCCCAAGAAGAACUACCUGACGGGGAUGCUGAUGUGGAACAGGCCGGUCGUCCGUUCAAAGAACUCCAAGUGGUACGUCCCCGAGGACAUGUACCCAGAGCCCGUGUACCCGACCUAUACUCUGGGCAUGGGAUACGUCUUCUCCAACGAUCUUCCAGGGAAAUAUGUGGAAGCCUCAAAAUCAGUCAAGCCCUUUAACAUAGAGGACGCUUAUAUUGGAAUGUGUAUGAAAAAGCUUGGACUGGCGCCCAAGUCGUCACCAGAUCCGUCCCAGUUCAGAGCCUAUAACACAAAAUAUAAUCGCUGUGAAUACUCCAAAAUCAUCACCUACAUCCUUGGCUCUUCACAAGAGCUGAUAAAGUAUUGGACAGAUUUGAAGAAGCCUGGACCGCCUUGUUAGGACAAUGACUGCUACUGAUGCACAGCUGUGGAAGGACUUGGGUGACAGGGUGUUGGGAAGUUAAUUUAUUUAUAUAUUGCUAAUAUAUGUGUUCAUGAUUCUCUGUAUAUUACCAAUUUGGAAAGAUUACAGAGGUUUAUGAACAAUUGCACAACAAAACCUUUGGUGUAUUCAAAACUCCUAAGGGUUGGCAACAAAGAAAAUUAUGAAGGAAGUUUAUUUUUUGUGGAAUUAAUUUUUGAGUGGAAUUAAAAAACAACCCCUGAGGACAUGGGUUCUGUCUCUUGGUUGCAUAUAAGAGGAGAAGACUGUUGAAGCCAGUGUAACAAAUGCAGGUACUACUGCUGCUGAUAGGUGGGGAAAGCUUCCACUGCUUUUGCACAACAGAUCUUAAGUACGGAUAAUAUAUUCACAAUUAAUGUGUUUACAAUUAAUACUUCUAAGGGUAUCUUUUAAGUAACAAAGGAAAGAAGCCAUUGGCCGCUGGCAGAAAGGUGUAAAAGUUAUUAUUUUCCUUUUUUAUUUUGCAGAUUAUUGUAUUUUUUUAAAUGAAAUUAAAUAAUAAAAGAAGCAAGGCUAUUGAAUCCUCCGAAA